CGUAAAUAGUGUGAACUGACGGAUCAGGUAAGAGCUGUUAAUUUAUCCUGUCUGCGACACAACAGCAGGUGAAUGAAUGACCGCAACCGAGGCUUUACUUGGUUAUUUUACCCCCAUUGUUGACCUCUACAUCAUGGAAUUAAAGAUGUAAUGUGGAAUAUUCCACUCGGAAUUCUCUGGCUUUGAGUUUUGACGCGUCGCAGACUCUUGUCUGACUUGCAGCAGGGUCUGAGUGUCAGACAUGCUGUCAGGGGAGGAGAUCUUAUGCAGCACCCAGCAGGUGAUCGCGGGGCUGGAGGCUCUUCGUGGAGAGAACCGCACACUUCUGGACAGCCUGCAGGAAACACUCCAGAGCCAGACGUCCAGUGAGAGCAGCCUGGAGCAGGAGAAGACCAGCAUAAUUCUAGAGUCUCUGGAGAGGAUCGAGCUGGGCUUAGGAGAGGCGCAAGUGAUGAUGGCACUGUCGGCACACCUGGGCUCUUUAGAGGCCGAGAAGCAGAAGCUGCGUGCUCAGGUGCGGAGGCUGUGCCAGGAGAACCAGUGGCUACGGGAUGAACUGUCCCGAGCACAGCAGCAGCUGCAGGAGAGAGAGCAGGAGGUGGUGACUUUAGAGGAGCAGAACAGACACCUGCAGUUCAUGAGCAGCAUUCGCAAGUACGACCACGAAGAGACGUCUCUGGAGGAUAAAGAUUCUACUUCAGGAAAGGAGUCCCUUGAUGAUCUCUUUCCUACAGAAGAAGAGGAGCAGACUCACAUGUCUCAGCCACACAGUAGUGCUGCCGCUGCUGCCCAGCAGGGAGGAUAUGAGAUCCCUGCACGACUGCGAACGCUCCACAACCUGGUGAUCCAGUACGCCUCCCAGGGCCGAUAUGAGGUGGCCGUGCCGCUCUGCAAACAAGCUUUAGAGGACCUGGAGAAAUCCUCAGGCCACAGCCAUCCGGAUGUUGCCACCAUGCUCAAUAUCCUGGCUUUAGUGUACAGAGAUCAGAACAAAUACAAAGAAGCUGCCAGUCUCCUAAAUGAUGCAUUGGCCAUCCGUGAGAAGACCCUGGGCAUGGACCAUCCAGCAGUGGCAGCUACUCUAAAUAACCUGGCUGUAUUAUAUGGAAAAAGGGGGAAGUACAAAGAGGCAGAGCCAUUGUGUAAAAGAGCUCUGGAGAUCAGAGAAAAGGUUCUUGGGACGGAUCAUCCCGAUGUAGCGAAGCAGCUAAAUAACUUGGCCCUGCUGUGCCAGAACCAGGGCAAAUACCAGGAGGUGGAGCAGUACUAUGAACGAGCGCUGCACAUUUACCAGAGCCAGCUCGGACCUGAUGAUGCCAAUGUGGCCAAGACCAAGAACAACCUGGCCUCCUGCUACCUCAAGCAGGGAAAAUACAGACAAGCUGAGGCUCUUUAUAAAGAGAUUCUGACUCGAGCUCAUGAGAAGGAGUUUGGCUCAGUGGAGGGAGAUGGACGGCCUGUCUGGAUACAUACCGAAGAGGGAAGCUCUAGACCGGACGGUCUGGGAAACCUGAAGCGCAGCGGAUCAUUUACUAAACUUCGAGAGUCCAUACGACGAAGCAGCGAAAAACUAGUUCGGAAGCUAAAAGGAGUCGGAACACAAGAAACAACCCCUCGAGCUGUUGGGAUGAAAAGAGCCAAUUCUCUCAAUGUGCUUAAUGUGGGUGUCAAAGACAAUCAAGAGGCUGCUAUGAUGCCCAAGAGGCUGACAGACGCUCGGGGUCUGAGUUCCAGCACACAGAGUUUGGCUCGUCGAGCGUCUCUGACCGGAGACAGUUAACCUUCAGCCACAUCAGCUUCAGGAUCUACCACAUCUCACUGGUCUGUAAUGACUGCAGAUCAUAUUUGAUAAUGAUAUGAGAAAUAGUGUGUGUGAUCGAUUCAGAACUCCCUGAAACACACAUUUAAUUGCAGUCCGUCAAAGCACACUUCGACAUAUUUCAAAAAAAGAAAAGAUUUUUUACGUGGUUAAAACAUUUGAAAUAAAUUUGGUCUACUUAUUUUUUUUAAACCAGUUGCAAUAUAAAGUGUGACAAAAUGAUAACCUUUUACAUUCCAGAUCUAUCAGACUACUUAAUAUGACUUAAUAUUUAUCAUUUUUGUAAAAGAGCAGGCAGGAUGUAUGUUUGGUCAAGGUGUGGUCACAUUUAUUCUUGCUUGACGAAUGCUGCGAUUCAGUUCGCAUACUAUCCAUCCUAAAUAGUAUUUGAAAAUAGAAUUAGAAUGUACCAAAGCGUAGUACGUUGAAAAGAGUAUGGCAAAGUUCCCGGGUUUUAAAAGCGUCCAUACUAUGAUCGCUGAUAUUUCCCACAGCAUAUUGCAUGUUGGAUGUGAAUUUGUGACUUCUGUGAGUAAUGAUAAUGGAUGCGACCACAUCUUGACAGUUGACAUCUUACUUUGAGUGUUAAAGCAGGAUGUGAAAUACAUCUCUCAUGCCAUCUUGAAUUUCAAUAUCAGAUUCAGUUGCACUUAAAUCUCCAAAUUGCUUCUAGAUGCACCUUAAUCCAAUCAUUUCCCAAUGCUAACAUGAAGUUACAUAACAAGAUAAAUUCAGUUUGUUUCUUCUUGAGCUCAUCAAACGUUUGCCUAUAAAAUAAGGGAUUUUUUAUUUAUUUCAAACAGAUAUUGUGUAUAUAUUGUGUUUUAGUACUGAAUAGGGUGGAUUUUAUAUAUAAGCAGAAUUACGGAGUACAAGAACAAUGUACAGUAUGUUACUCCAGGUAAUGGAAGUAGUUGUUAAGAGGUGUUUUUGCACCUAGAAAUCAAUGGGCUGCUACAUCAUCUUAACAGUUGUACAUUUACAUAUGGUUGUUACAUAAUUAUGUGCUUUCAGACUGUAUUUAUAUACUAAUUGUUGCUGAUGAACCAAAUAAAAUUCUUCUACCUCUCUUAAAAUCUAAAA